AUGAACAGAGCUGCUGCUUUGAGGGCUUUGGAUGGAGCUGGUUUGAUAAGAACUGUUGCAGGUCUUUUUGGCCAGGGAGAAGAAGACACAGAAGCAGCAGCAGAAGAGCAGCAGCAGCAGUCGCUGGAGGAGACGGAGCAAAGCGAGGCUGAGUCGGAGUUGCGUGAGACAGCAGCAGUGCAGCGGUGGCAGCAAAUGCUGUUUUUCAUUUCGAGGCCCCCGGGGCCCCACUUGCCCCCCGAGGGGGGCCCCAUUAACCCGCAGCAGCAGCAGCAGCAGCAGCAGCAGCAGCAGCGGGAGCAGCGGCUGUUCUCGGCGUUUGCGCCCAGCAGGCAGCAAAGCCAAGCGGCAGCAAAUCAGCAAAAUUGUCCUAUUCUUUGUGUUUCUUCUGCUGCUGUUGAUGCUGACGACGAGGUGCUGCUGCAGCUACAGCAGGCGCUGCAAUGCUUCGCCCUCACCCCCAGCAGCAGCAGCAGCAGCAGCAGCAGGAAGCUGCAGCUGCAGCUGUGCAGCUUGCUGAAGCUGCGGUCUCCCAUUCCAGCAGGGGAUCCAGCAGCAGCAGCAGCAGCAGCAAAAGCCGCAGGCGGCAGCACGCGUGCUGCUGCUGCAGAUGCAGCAGAAGCUGCUGCAGGGAAGAAGCUGCCACACAGCGCAAAAACAGCAGCAGCAGCAGCACAGCAGCUGGAGGAAGAGCGCGCUGCUGCUGCUGUAGCCCUUAUGUGUCUCCGCCGCCUCCACGAGCCUCCCUCCCGCGCAGCGCAGCAGCAGCAGCAGCAGCAGCGGCAGCAGCAGCAGCAGCAGAAACAAGAUCAAGGUGCUGAUGCAGCAGCAGCAGAACAAGGGAUAACUGCAGCGCCAACAGCAACACCUUCGCCAGCCAGCGAUGCCCAUAAAAAGAAGCAGCAAGCAGCAGCGGCAGCAGCAGCAGCAGCAGCGCCGCCACUAUGA